AUCCCUCCCGGUAGAGAGUCCACAGCAGAGCGAGCACCGAGGCGCACCACUUCUUUAACUUCCCCCCUCACCGCCUCAGCAUCAACAGGAACCUGAAAAACAAGCAGCUGUGGUGCCAGCCUCUUCCAGACACCCUCACAGCUGCUCGCCACCCGUUUCCACUCAGAAUCCUGCGGAUUUUAUCCUUCAUCUGUCUCUCGGCGGACCCCGCGCGCACGCAGAUCAAUUAAGGCGCACGCACGCGAGGGGCGCUCCUUCUGGGCCGGACGGGAAAUUUGAAGCGGCUGUCGGUCGGUCUGCGGUGCUGCAGUGUUCAACUGCAUCUUCACACUUGCAGAGCAGAGCAACAGCGGCGCAUCAGUGAGGUAGAACAACUCCAUAUCAAGCUGCAACCAUGGAUGAGAUGGACCUGCCCCAGAUGAAGAAGGAGGUGGAGAGCCUGAAGUACCAGCUGGCCUUCAAACGAGAGAAAUCCUCCAAAACAGUCACAGAUUUGGUUAAGUGGAUCGAGGACGGUGUACCUGAAGAUCCCUUCCUAAACCCGGAGCUGAUGAAGAACAACCCCUGGGUGGAGAAAGGCAAAUGCAUCCUCCUCUAGGAAGAAGACAUCCGUCUCCCCAGAGCUGCCAGUGUCAACAGUAACCCCUGCAGACGACCCCUGAAGCCGACCUGGACUGUGAGGGCAGAGGCAGAACAGCGCCCAAUGAGCCCUCACCAUGAAU